AUGAGGGUGCAGCUCGAUCUUUUCAUCAAGUGCCCAGAUGAAAUUGGAGAUGAACCACUAAAAAGUUUCACUAGGCGGAGGAGAGGCAAAAAGCCUAAAGAUAAAGGGAAGAGAGACAGCGUGCGAGAGUCAGCCUGUGGAAGAAUAUCAGAACGUAAAGAUUCGUUCUUCAUGUUGGCCUGUCUCCGUGCAGGAGUAGUGGAAGAUCCAAGGAAAUGGUGGGAAGUACCACGGGCAAUGGAGUUUUCCAAUCACCUCACGAGGCAACUGAUGGAAUACGAUGUUCAGUUGGAGUCGCUCAAAGUGCCCAAGUCAAUGAAGCCUGGAGCACCAGUGCAUGCGGUUGAUAAAAAGGGAGGACCGCCCAUCAUGGACGGAAGGAUUUCCACAAGGCAUCUGAAAGGAGUGGAAAAGCGUCAAGGAAGGGAGGACAAAGGCAGGUCGCUAGGGGAUUAUGCCACCUCAAUAUAA